GGAGACCAAGAAACAUCUGGAAACCACGAAGGAAGAGAUCGCGGGCCCUAAACCAAGAGGAAGCUCAACAGAUGGGGGUGAUGACGAUGGUGGAGUCCGAUAGUAGAAGUCGGGAGCGGCAGGUGCUUGGUUAUAUUGAUUCUGCAGAAUGUUUAGGAGGAGUAGAUUACGCAGAGGGAGGAAUGGUUCUAGUUCUGUGGCAGAAACCAUUGCUUGGUGGAGGGAGCGUAAUAGGCAGCUCAAAUGUUCCGCAGACACCGAAAAGCGAGUUCGGAGACCACCUGCCAAAGGAUCAAAGAAAGGUUGCAUGCGAGGCAAAGGAGGGCCAGAGAAUCCUAACUGCAGAUAUCGUGGUGUAAGACAGCGCACCUGGGGCAAGUGGGUCGCUGAGAUCCGAGAACCAAACCGAGGUAGCCGCCUUUGGUUGGGAACUUUCCCCACUGCCAUCCAAGCCGCUCUCGCCUACGAUGAUGCUGCGAGAGCCAUGUAUGGAACCAUGGCUCGUCUCAAUCUGCCUGCUAUGACGAGGGGGUCAUGUGGGUCAACUUCGACCUCGUAUAACUCAGAAGAUGUCGAUGCAUCCGUAUCGUGUGACUUUGGCAUCAAAACACCAAGGGUUGAUGCUGGCUCUGAAACUGUGGAUGCACCUCGUACCUGGGCGGACAACAUCAAGCAUCCGAAGAUUGAACUGAAAGAAGAUGUGGCAUCUGAUAUGUGGCCAUCUUCAGCAGCCGAUGCUCCAGAGACUCAAUCGACUGAGGCGAGCGUGGAUCUUCUUCUUUGUCAAUCACCACGGGAGGAUGAAUUCUCCGUGGAAGAGAUGCUGAGAAUGAUGGGGACGGAUACAGACAAUGGUGCUCCCAAUCAGUUUGGUGCUGUUGCGGCGGACACAGGCUGGCAAUGCAUGAUUCCUGCAGACGUUGGGCUGGACUUGCAAAGUCCGGAUGGUACGGUGUUAGGGCCAUUAUGGGGCACGGAGCAAAAUCCUCCUUUGGAAUUCAAUUGUUGUGAUAGUCUCCAAAGGCCGUUGGGUGAUGAUUGGGAGUAUGGGCCUGGAGAAUUUGGAAUGCUCGACGCUGACAUCCUUUCGAGCCCCAUAAAUUGAUAUUUCAGUCAAAAGAUCGAUGGUUGUCGUCGUCGUAUGUUUGUUUUUUUCUUUUCUUUUCUUUUGAUGUCCAUGUAAUCUUCUUUCGUUUGUGUGUAAUGAUGUUUGUUUGUUUGUGUUUUUUUCUUUUGUAAUCCAUGGUAUGAAAGUAAAGAAAGCCUUCUGUUUCGAUGA